CCGAACUCCGUCAUUUAAAAAUAUGUACCGUGCGUACCUCUACUUAUAAAGACUAUAUCUGUACUGACUGACUGUUCUCUAUAGUAAAACAAGCGAUCAUUUGCAGUGCGCAGUUUUACAUCAAAUUAAAUAACAUCAACAUUAAUGAAAUAAAAUGGACAAUCUCCAGACCGUCCAGCACAACAGUCAUGCUCACACAAUCUCAAUAUCAGCAUUGCUAUUUGAACCGAUUUUACCUUAAACAUUAUCUUCUGGCUGCAAAUUUGAAAAGUUUUCCAUAAUGUUAAUGGCAUAAACGUAGUAGUACUAUUAUUGGGCUGUGGUAAGUAUGUCCAUGUUGGUUUACGACGAUUACCGAAAGAGUCGUGGCCGAAAGGUGACGAUUGUAUUAUACUCAAUUUUUUCUGACGGCUGGAUGUGUUAACUUUAAUCACAAUUCUGAGCUGGAAAUCGCAAAUUUGCGUUUUGUGGAUCCCCCUUUUAUAUUACGACACAAGCCUUUUUCAUGAAUGCAUCAUGGAUUGUGACCUGCCAUACGCUGAUGAGAAUUCAACGGACUAAUCGGAGAAUGACCCGCGGGACAAAUGAACUGUUAUCCAGAUGCACAAAAAUCGGCCUUGCCCGCUGCAUUGGAUACACCAGGAAAUUCUUGCGCUGGAUUAGAUCUGACUCCGUAUCUCAAUUUCCUUCUGGACGUUAACAACCCGGAAUCUCCCGUUCCAACGCCUCUGCAGUUUCCUUGUAAAUAUUCACUCGCGGCAUUUGAUGCGCAGUCGAAGCCACCUAAUAAUGCACGUGCAGACCACAGCCGGUCCAGAAGUGUGUCGAAUUUAGCUAAGGAUAUCAACACCCGGCUAGAUCGACUGGAAUCUGAGCUGUCAAAGAUCGUCAAAAAUGUUACGGGCAAAAAGAGUCAAAAAACCCACGGCCGCGCCUCAUCCGCAUCCAGCAGCAGCACGGAUGAAUUCGAAGAGCGCGCGCGCCAGUCGAAAUGCACAUACGCGGCACGAUCGGCUUCGACGCAAAACGGAAGUAACGAGCGUCGGGUAAGCGGUGCAUGUCAGACCCGUCACGGAAAUGAUACGUUUCGGAUAUCAGCAUACGGUGGAAAGCCGUCGAAAGUAAAACUCAUUCCGCCCGAGUGCUUCGAAAGCCGCCGUUCAAUUGGGGAUUCUGCACUGGAAAGACGCAGUUCUGCACACUGCGCAAAGGGCAUAAUAACCCCAGAGCAAAACGCUGCAGUUUCGGAACCGAUUAAAUAUGAAAGCAACACCUGUGCCAGAUUGGAGCUGGAUUUGGAUCAAACCAAACGAGAAAUGCGCGGUCUUCGCGACGAAUUAAAUUCUUGCCGUGAUGCUCGAGAUACUACCAAGCGGCGGGCCGAUAAAUUGGAAGCGCAGUUGGCCGAUGAAUGCACAGAACGGCGGAAACUGCAGCGAAAGCUGGAGGACAAUAUCAGCGUCAUUUCCGACUUGACCUUUAAGUUGGAAUGCCUGCAAUCACGCGAGCGAGAGCUGGGCACAGUGGCUCAGCAAAAGGAAAAAGACAAAGCAGCCUUGCAGGAACUGCAGCGGGAAAACAGCUGUCUGAAAGAAGAACUGCAGCGACUGAAUAAACUGUCGCAUUGUCGAAGGUCAAGCUCGCUGGAUGCCGAUAAACAACAACAUGCAACCCGGCAAGCCGUGGAUGACGCGUUAAAAAAAGCCACGGCAAAAUUUUGCCGCUUCCACACCGAUGAAAUACGCUCACUAGAGAAUAAGUUGCGCACCGAGCAGAACAGAUGUCAAGAAAAUACUAAAUUGCAGCAGGUAACGGCAGAAGAUCAAAAUGAGUUACAGCAGUUGCGGAAAAAUGUUAGUCAACUGCAAAGUGAACUGCUCACUGUAAAAACGCACGAAGAAUGCUUCAGGAAUAAAUGUCUACAUUUGGAAUGCAAAGUGCAACAAUCGGACGACGUCAUUCAGCAGAAACAACAGGAAACUGAUCAGCUGCGGUGUUCAGUGGAAAUGCUACGAAAAGAGUGCGAACGCAUACCGCAACUGAAAGAAACCAUUGCUGUGCUGCAUGCCGAAAAAUGCUCUUUAGCCAUCUACAAGGACACCGCGGAAGUUCUGGAAAGAAAGGUCAGAGUGCUAGAAAAUGAGAAGGAAAAGCUGCAAAGUGCGCUGGACGAUGUUGGCCGAGAGCAAACGAUGUUAUGCGCUCAGCUGAGUGGAAACGAGAAAGACACUCGUUGCCAGAAAGAGCAGGACCUGCUAAUGCUGCGGCUCCGCGAUGAGGAGAUCGACAAGCAGAAAACAGAGAUUAAAUCCCUGUCAGAAACCAUUAAAAUUAAAGAUAAAAUUCUGGAUGACCUCCAGGAUACUGUAAUGAAAAUGAAGAAAACUUUCGAAAUGCCGCCCAAAACUUUGUCCAACCCGGCCGAAACUGAACACCUGAAGCGUCGGAACCGUGAACUGGAAGAAGUGCUGGAACGAAUGGAACAGCGAAAGAACGACCUCAAAGAGCAAUUGCUAGCCACCGACUGUCAGCUGCAAGACUCCCUCAAGGCGCAUCACAUCGUCAAUGCCAAACUGAAGGAAAGAGCCGCCUGUAUUAGCAAACUGCAGGCAGCCAUGGAUGCGCAACAAGCCCGUUUCGAAAUCCGCGAGGAAGAACUACAGCACGAAUCCGAUGAGGUGAAACGGCGAGCGGAAACUCUGCAGUCCAAACUGGAAAACACCGUUUCCCGGUCCAGAGAACAACGCUCCACCGAGAUCAAUCGGCUGAAGGCCAAGUAUGAAACUGAAAUGACACAGAAAGAUGUAACGAUCCGGCUGUACGAACAGGAGAUCAGCAGUCUCGAAGGAAAGCUGCAGGCUGUGCAGUGCGCGCUUAGCGUACAAAAGAGACCGCUGUCCACGAAAUGCAAUCGUUUAGAACGAAUGUUCUCCGAUUUUGACUGUGAUGUAUGACGGUUAUUUUAUGAUUUUCCGGCGCAUAAUGCUCAAAGCUGGGGUGGCUGAGAGCUGAAAUUUCGUUGGGAGGAAAACAAUUUGCGAAAAGCAUGGCUUUUGAGCGAAUUUAAUACGUCAUAAAUUAUUACAAGGAAAAAUUAUUAAGCAAUG